AUGAAAGUCCUUACUAAUUUCGUUUCAGUUGGGAAUAUUAUUGUUUCUCUUUGUUUUAUUCUUGCAUUGAGAGGAUUAUCAACACAAAUAAGUGCAAAAAUGGGAAAUAUCUAUGGAAUUAUUGGAAUGUGCGUUGCUUUUAUUACUGCAAUAAUUUCAAAGUGUUAUGACUUUCUUAAUGCACCUACUUCAUCUGAUGCACUUGAUAGAAAUGAAAUUCUUUAUUUACUUAUUGGGUAUUUAUCUUGCUUAAUUCCAGCAGCAUGUAUUGGUAUUUUU